AUGACGAUGACGGUCGCCCUCAGAGUCCAGGCGGUUGCCCGUCGAUCAGGCUCAUGCUGGUCCAACAAUGCCUUGCGGCGCACGACGCCGUGGCGGAACUACUCAAGUGCAGCUUCAGCUGUCAAUGAAUCGCUGCCCUUGGCGGGCAUUCGGGUGCUUGAUAUGACCCGGGUGUUAGCAGGACCGUACUGUACUCAGAUUCUCGGCGAUCUAGGAGCGGACGUGAUCAAAGUCGAACAUCCCGUGCGCGGCGACGAUACUCGCGCUUGGGGCCCGCCAUAUGCGAAAUAUGAAGAUGCGUCGCGGAAUGGACCCGGCGAAAGUGCCUACUACCUAGCAGUCAACCGAAACAAGAAAUCACUCGGGCUAUCCUUCCAGCAUAAAUCAGGCGUCGAGAUUCUACACAAGCUUGCAAAAGAAUGCGAUGUCCUUGUUGAGAACUACCUCCCUGGCGGCCUGAAGAAAUACGGAAUGGACUACGAGACACUACGGGAAAUAAACCCCAAAUUGAUCUAUGCCAGCAUCACCGGAUACGGCCAGACAGGUCCGUACAGCACUCGGGCCGGUUACGAUGUCAUGGUGGAAGCGGAAAUGGGAUUGAUGCAUAUUACUGGCGCUCGAGACGGUGCGCCCGUCAAGGUUGGCGUAGCCGUCACUGACCUUACCACUGGGCUAUAUACCUCCAAUGCCAUCAUGGCAGCUCUGCUUGCGCGCGCUCGCACAGGAAAGGGUCAACAUAUUGAUGCUUCCUUGAGUGAUUGUCAAGUGGCGACCCUCUCGAAUCUGGCUAGUUCUGCACUUAUCAGUGGCAAGAAGGAUUCUGGGCGAUGGGGGACGGCACAUCCAUCUAUUGUCCCCUAUCGGAGCUACAAGACCAGUGAUGGAGAUAUUCUGUUUGGUGGCGGGAAUGACCGGCUCUUCGGCGUGCUGUGCGACCGACUGGGCUUCCCCGAGUGGAAGACAGACGCCCGUUUUGUGACCAACAGCGAUCGAGUUCAACACCGAGCCGAGAUUGAUGGUCUGAUCGAGAACACUACCCGACACAAGACGACGCAGGAAUGGCUCGAGAUCUUCGAGGGAAGCGGGAUGCCGUAUGCGGCCGUGAAUGACAUCCAGGGAACGCUGAAUCACUCGCAUGUCCAGGCACGGGGAAUGGUGACGGAGGUCGAUCAUCCCGCUUGCGGUCCUAUCAAGUUGGUCAACACCCCUAUCAAAUACUCCGAGGCGACUCCGGGUAUUCGUACUCCACCUCCUACACUUGGUCAACAUACAGACGACAUUUUGGGUGGUAUUCUGGACUAUAGCGAGGCGGAUAUUGUUCGUUUGAAGAAGGAGGGGGUGGUGUCAUGA